AUGGCGUCGUCACAGGCAUCUAAUGAGGGGAAUGCCACUCCUACAGAGUCUUACAGUCAUGAUGUUGAGAAGGGAGGUUUCGAUCAAACCGUUGAACGCUACGACACACGGGCUACAACUGAGGAACCAUUCCACUUCUCCAUAGGAAAAUGGCUAGCACUUUCUGGUCUCCUUCUGGGCUUCAUUUCGGACGUGUAUAGUCAAGUAUUAGUUCAGAACUCCAUGACAUAUUUGAACGCGAAGCUUGGCCCGACAAAUGAGUACCCAUGGGUUGGCCAAAUGGCCAUCUUCACAGCCACUGUGCCUGCACCUGUGAUAGGGUACUUGUCCGACAUCUAUGGCCGACGCAACUUCAUCCUCGCGGGAAGUGUGCUCGCUUUCAUCGGUCUCAUUGUAUCGGCGAAUGUGUCCACGAUCCCGAGGCUAUAUGGAGCAUGUGCUAUCACCGGGAUGGGAGCUGCCAUGCACCAGCUUGCUAUUCCAGCUCUUUCAGAAAUGGUACCUCGACACUCGCGACCGUUUGCGAUCGGGUCAUUUGCCGCCGCACUUGCACCUGCUGCUGCUUUCGGUCCUGUCACUGCUGCAAGCAUUUUGAUCCAUUACGACUGGACUGUCAUAUUCUGGAUCCCUUUUGCCAUCAACAUUCUGGCUUUCAUCCUCACGUUCCUGUUCUAUCACCCAAUGAAUCAAUACGUCAGAUAUGAGGGAAGGAAAGCUUCGCAGCAGCUUCUCAACUUGGACUGGACUGCCGCAGUUCUCGUGGUCAUGGGAGCUUGUCUCGCUCUUCUCGGUGUCACCUUUGGGCUCUUCCAAUAUCCUUGGGACGACCCAAAGACUCUAGGAACGCUCAUUUCUGGUCUGUGCAUGGUUAUUGGCACAAUCCCGUACGGCUUCAUUAUGCGAAACAAACUCACAUUCGCCAUGUUCCCCAGCACGGUCUUUGCACAAUACCGCCAGUUCACCACCUUCCUCUUCCCGAUUCUCUUCUGCGCCCUAGUUUUCAACACUACCUCUGUUGUCUGGCCCCAGCAAGUACACCUACUCUAUACUCAGGACUCCAUCAUAGCCGGGUGGUACACCUCGGCAGCACCGCUUGCAGGCAUCUUUUUCUCGCCACUGUAUGGCUUGAUCUUCCAGAAGUUCGCGAGAUUCUCACGUUGGAUCCUCACAUUCCUGGUCUUUACCUUGACUCUGUUGUCCGCUUGUCAAGCUACUUUGUCUCCCACCAAGUCCUCCGGCUCCCUCGCCAUCGUCUGCCUCAUGGGCAUUGUCUACAGCGGAAUCGUCGUGGGCAUGACAUCCUAUAUGCAACUCGUCCCUCACCGCUGGCUCGGCACCGCCUUCCAAUUCGACGUCUUCUUGCGCGUCAUCGGCUCCUCCGCCGCCGGCUUUGCCUACUCCGUCAUCCUCACCAACAAGCUCACCGAGCUCCUCCCGACAGACGUCGCCGUCCCGCUCGCGGAAGCCGGCGUCGACCCCACCGUCAUUCCCCAGGUCAUCCAAGCCCUCAUGGCCGGCAUCACAACCAGCCCGGCGCUUGCGGCGCUGAAGCCGGAGCAGAUUGGUCUCGCGGUGAUGGGACUGCAGAAGGCGUUUAUUAGCAGCUUCCGCAUCAUAUAUUAUGCUACUAUCGCGUUAGGCGUGCCGUGUAUUGCGUUUGUGGCGCUCAGCAAGAGCUUCGACAACCUUCUGACGGGUGAGGUGGAUGUUAAGCUUGUAGAGGGCCUGCGCAUCAACCCGGAGACGGAUACUGGGGACGGCCCUGUUGUUGCCGCGGGUGGUCCUUGGUUGUAGAUGGUGGGAUGUUGAAAACACCGGGGCAGUUGGCUUGGUGGAGCCAAAAAUCACUGUUGUAUAUAUGUAGCUCCGUCGAUAGACUAGACCUUACAUACAUACAUGGGAAGCUAUCUAAUAAGAGUCAUACUAUGC